UUUUCAAAAACAAUAUUUUAGUUUGCGUCGAUUGCGAUUAUAAUAAUUAUUAUUUGUAAAUAUUCUUGUUUCAGUAGCUCUUAAUUUGCCAUAUACUGUUUCUCUGUCUAAAAUGAAUAAACUGUUUAACAUUACUCACAAAAACUUCAAUACUGUAGCAAGGUACCAUAAUGUUGCGCAAAUUCCAAAAUAUGAUUUGGUAGUAAUAGGUGGCGGUAUAGUUGGAGCAGCUUCUGCGAGAGAAUUAAAAAUACGACACCCCACUUGUAAAAUUGGUUUACUAGAAAAAGAAAGUGGCUAUGCGUGCCACCAGAGCGGCAACAACAGUGGGGUCGUCCACGCUGGCAUCUACUACAAACCUGGCUCCUUGAAGGCAAAACUGUGUGUAGAAGGACUAAGACUAGCGUACACAUAUUUUGAUGAAAAGGGCAUUAAAUACUCAAAGUGUGGCAAACUGAUAGUGGCGACAGAACAAUCAGAGGUGUCACGCUUAUUAGAUUUGUAUGAUAGAGGAAUUCAAAAUGGAGUGCAAGACCUCAAAUUGUUGGAUGGCAAGGAAUUAAAGGAAAUUGAACCUUAUAGCAAAGGAAUUCAGGCUCUGUGGUCCCCUCACACAGGAAUAGUGAAUUGGGGAGAAGUCACCAAGUCAUAUGUGCAAGAUUUUGAGGAAAGGGGGGGGAAGACUCAUCUUGACUUUAAUGUUAAUCAGUUUUAUGAGUCCAAAGAUGAUGCAGAGUAUCCUGUGACAAUUAGUAACAGUUUAGACAAGCAAGUUCAAGCUAAAUAUGUCUUGACAUGCUGUGGACUCCACUCCGACACUGUGGCAGUGCUGACAGGUUGCCCUGAGGAACCCAAAAUCAUUCCCUUCAGGGGUGAAUACUUAUACAUAAAGAAAGAAAAGAGUAACUUGGUGAAGGCUAACAUAUACCCAGUCCCUGAUCCAAGGUUUCCGUUCCUUGGUGUGCACUUAACUCCUAGAAUUGAUGGCAGAAUUAUAGUGGGACCAAAUGCUAUCCUGGCAUUUUGUAAAGAAGGCUACAGGUGGGGAGACAUCAAUAUGAAGGAGCUAAAAGAAAUUGCGGAAUUCUCAGGUUUUCGCAAAAUGGCAAUGAAGUAUGCUGGUUUUGGUUUAAAGGAAAUGAUUAGAUCUGCAAUAAUGCCACUACAAGUCAUGCAAGUUCAGAAGUAUAUCCAAGAAUUAACAACUUCUGAUGUGGAAAUGGGACCAGCAGGGGUGCGUGCCCAAGCCAUGGGAAAAGAUGGCACACUGAUCGAAGACUUUGUGUUUGACUCAAAGCCAUCCUCGGGUGCUAUCGGGAGUCGAGUGCUUCACUGCAGGAAUGCCCCGUCGCCCGGAGCCACUUCCUCGCUGGCCAUCGCGAGGAUGAUCGCCGACAAAAUGAAGGAUGAGUUCAGGUUAUAGACUCUAUGACCAGCCAGCUUUACAUGAUGACCCGGUAGGUAUACUACACUAUUACAUACUAAUUAUGUACCUAUAUGUAAGUCACAAACGUAUAGAGUAUAGGUCUAGUCUAGGUAAUAGUUUCAAGAAAGUUUUGCAUUUGUAUGUUACAGGAAAUAUUUUUUUAUUUAUUAUUUAUCUAUAAGAAACAGGCAUAUAGUCAUUUUACAAUUUUGUUUGACAGCGCCAUUAAACUGGAAUGGUUUUUUAUCAUGAAAAGUCAGAUCACGCUAGUAUGGCAAGUGGCAACAUGAUAUUUAUUUAAUUUAUUUAUAAAAUGUACUGACAGUUAGGUAAACUAUUACAAAUGCAAUAAAUUA